AUGGUAUCGCGAAAGCGCACCCGCUCCGAUGCGGACGCUGCCCCGGAGCAGCCAUCGGAGGAGCCAGGGUUGCUCGACCAACUGCGCAAUAGCUGGGAGUUUGCAAAUCUCAUGCAGUACAUUGCCAUGUUUGGGAAACCCAUGAAAAUUGAUGAGGAUUUCGGGAUCGAGGAUUUAGAAACGGAGUGCCUUAAACCCGGUCCUUCGGAGAAACUUAUGGAGAUUGGACUUUGUCUGCUCAAAUGGGUUUCGUCGCAUCGGGGUCUCUCGUUCGACAAUUUCGACGAAUACACGCGACGCCAGUACAACGCCAAAGCGCCCCAUGUCGAAAACCCCUUCGGGUACGACGAGGUCCCGAAAAAGUUCGCCGAGUUUGACAUUUUCUUGAAGCUUCGCGUUCUCCACCAGUUGACGGUAUGGACGUUUUGGAAUCCCGACCGUAUCCGCGACAAGAUGCCGGAGCAGAGGGAGCAGGACCAGACGCAAUGGCGUAUCGAGGAAGUAGGAUACGAUCGAGACGGCGCCCUUUAUUACAUUCUGGAUGACAACCGACUGUAUCGUCGCACCGAUCCUCCCAUUCCCGCUCCGAAACCCGCCAAACCGAAGACCAAGAGGAAGAGCGCACGUGCUUUACGCGCAUCGAAGCGGAGACGGGGAUCCGAGGCGGCUCUCGUCGAUGGAUUUUCCGAAGAGGAUAAUGAUAACGCCAAUGGCGAAUCGCAAGAGGAUCCUUUCAAGGAGAUGCAGUGGGAAUGCGUCGCCAUCACACUCAACGACUAUCGCGAAUUCCUGGCGUCGAUCCAGAAGACCAGGGAUGCAGACGAGAAGAUACUGAGGGAUAGAAUCGAAGAACAGGUGAUGCCGGUCAUUGAAAAGGAAGAAGAAUCCCAAGAACGGCACAGGAUCAAGAAGGAGAAAGAGCUCAUCAAUCUGCAAAUGCUUGCCGGCGCGAAACGGUCCAGCCGUCUCGCCGGAAAGGCGGAGAAGGAUCGUGCUGACAGGGAGGCGAUGGAAGAAGCGCGCAAGCACGAAGCAGAGCUGGCGAUGGCUCGCAAAGAAGAGGAGAAGAAAAAGAAGAUGGAGCAGGAGAGACGCGCCCGGAUGAUGACGCGCGAGCAACGCAUUAAAGACCGAGAGCGAAAACGCAUAGAACACGAAGAGGAGCUGCAGAAGAUACAAGACGAGCACGAGAAGUUCGAGCGUGGCGAGAGUCGAAUGUCUGAAAGGCACCUCAGGGCCGAAAUGGAGAAGCAGAGGAAGAAUCUCAAAGAUCUCUCUGGGGAGGAUGAGUGGAUCUUUGACUGCUCGGGUUGCGGUGUGCAUGGGGAGAAUUGGGACGACGGGUCCCAUAGUGUCGCGUGCGAAAAGUGCAAUGUCUGGCAGCACAGCAAAUGCCUGGGGAUCGCGCAGGACGAAGCCGAGCGUGAGGACUUCCACUUCGUCUGCAAGGACUGUCACCGGCGCGAGGAGGAGGCGAAGAUGCCGAAGCUACCGCCGUUGAAGUUCAAGCUGGGUUCCUCGCCCUCGUCGGCUGCUUUUGAAGACCACCAUGCGAAGGGGCUGGACGCUCCACACAGCUUUCUGGUGCCGAAGAUGGAAGCCCAUCACCAUAUGUCCCCGAACGGAUCGCCUUCCAAAAUGCCUGCGCAGCCUUCCUUCCCCCCACAGAUCGGGUCUCAGUCUAUGCCUUUCUCUCCGUCGUCACCCGAACGCCGCCCUCAUUCCGCCCACCACCUCCCCUUCAGCCCUUCUCGCGCCCCAUUCUCUCCAUCCAAGGGUGUGAACGGGUUCAGUCUAUCCAGAGCCCAUCAUCCGAAACCGCCCUCUCACCACCAGACAACACAACCACCUCCUGGGCGUGGGUCAUUCGGUUCGUUCCAAACGCAGCGGCCAUCAUCAUCCCACUCUGCACAAAGUCCGCAUCUCCCUUCGCCCAUCCAGAACCGACCCUCCAUGUCCCCCACACAAGGCAACCGUGACGUCGGCCCUCUCGCCGGAUUCCCCUCCGCACCCCCAUCAGACAGCCCAGCACCAUGGACGACCCCAUACGGACAACACCAAGCCCGACGCCCAAGCACCAGCAACCACGCCUCAUUCUCCUCCAUGCAAGGCGGCCAGAUAUCCUUCGCAGCAACCCCCACAGCCAGCCAAUCCUCACCCCCGCAAAGCUCCCACGGCCACGGCGUCCAUCUCUCCGGAAUCAGCCCAACAAAACAGUCUCCUCGUCCUCUGACAUCCGGCGGCAUGGCGGGCGCACCCGUAUUACCUCCGAUCCAAAAACUAGAGCCGAGCCCGAAACUCAUGGGACGCAGCUCGCCCGACGCGCCCAUUCCCCCACCGGUCAAAUCCAUGACUCCGGAACAGGAGGGCCGCCGGCAGAGAGAGAACGCCAUGAUUUCUCACGGGGCUAAUGCGCCCCAGGGCAUGAUGUCGUCGCCGUCUUUCAAUCGCAUUCCGCCCUUGGGUUCGAACGCUCAGAAUACACCGUCUGCUCCACGGUUUGAUUCAGGGAACGGCAGUAACGGGAGUAACGGGCAGUAG